AUGAAAUCUGCUCGCUCAAAACCACUGACUUCGGCUCGAAAGCCAUUGAGUCGCACCAGGUUCAACAACAAUAAUAAUAUGCAAUCCAAGGACCCAGUGCAAGUUUUUUGUCGUUUGCGACCGAUGCAAUUUCCUACAGAGUCGUCUUGUAUGAGAGUAAUUUCGGAUACAACAAUUGCAAUCACUCCGCCAGAAUCUGCGACAAAUUUCCGCACCGCUACCAGUAAAGAAAUCCAAACUGUCUUCACACGUGUGUUUCAAUCGGACAUUUCCCAGCGAGAGGUUUUCAACACAGUAGCACUGCCGCUCGUUGCAAAUUUAAUUCAAGGCAAGAAUGGUUUACUAUUCACUUAUGGAAUAACUGGAAGUGGAAAAACGUUCACGAUGACGGGAGAUCAACAGGAAAGUGGAAUCAUGCCUCGUUGUGUGGAUGUUGUUUUUAAUAGCAUCUCAAAUUACCAGGCAAAAAAGUUUGUUUUUAAGCCUGACAGAUUGAAUGGAUUUGAUGUUCAGAGUGAAACUGAUGCCAUGCUUGAUAGGCAGAAAGGACUUAAUUCGGGACUGAUGACUCCACGAAACGUGAGGAUAAGAACGCGUAAAGUUGAUAGCGAUAGCGAUAGCAAUCCAACGUUUCUACGAUCAGCGGAUGAAUCUCAAGUAAUCCAGGUGGAUCCGGACAAUGUUUAUUCCGUCUUUGUUACAUAUGUUGAGAUAUAUAAUAACAGCGUGUACGAUUUGCUUGAUGAAGAGGACAUUCGAGCAAAGACCCUGCAGAGCAAGAUUGUUCGAGAGGACGGUAGUAAAAAUAUGUAUGUCCACUCAGUUACCGAAGUUGAGGUAAAAACGACUGAGGAAGCCUUUGAGGUUUUUCAACGAGGACAACGAAAACGGCGAGUUGCACAUACUGCUCUCAAUGCAGAAUCCAGCAGAUCUCAUAGUGUCUUCACGAUAAGACUCGUUCAGGCCCCUUUGGAUUGCGAUGGCGAGCACGUAAUUCAAGAUAAGCGAGUGGUGUGCAUCAGUCAACUUUCGCUUGUAGAUUUGGCUGGAAGUGAGCGUACAAAUCGUACCAAAAAUACUGGACAGCGAUUGCGCGAAGCAGGAAAUAUUAACAAUUCCCUCAUGACGCUGAGAUCUUGCAUGGAAAUUUUACGGGAAAAUCAAACGAAUGGUACGAGUAAAAUAGUACCAUAUCGGGAUUCGAAAGUGACUCAUAUGUUCAAAAAUUACUUCGAUGGGGAAGGUCAAGUCAGAAUGAUCGUUUGCGUUAAUCCCAGGACAGACGAUUAUGACGAAACUAUCCACGUGAUGAAGUUUUCAGAAAUGACUCAAGAAGUUCAAGUCGCUCGAGCUGCAGGAACAAAAUUAGAUUUAGGUUUUACACCCGGACGGCGCUUCGCAAACAAAAUAUUUAGAGAGGCUCGCAGCAGGCUUGAAAAAGAGAGACCUGAAGCUGCUGAUUUGGAGAUCGAUCUGGGUCUUGUUUACAGCCUUGGAGGACCGUUUCCUGAAAUGGAAGUCGCUGAUCCUCACAACGAUGAAAUUAUCACAAAUCUGAUACACUUUCUGGAGCAAAGAAUCAAUAAACGCAAUGCUCUUUCUGUCGACCUUUACGGAAAACAGACCGACUUCAGGAAGAUGUUCCUGAAAAUGGAAGAGGAAAAUACGAACCUGAAAGUGGAAAAUGCUUCUCUAAAAGCUUAUCAUUCGCAGCAAGCCAGAAAGGUUUCUGCCCUGCAAGGUCAUGUAGAUAAAGCAGAGGCCCAAAUCGACAGUCUACUUGAUAAACUAAACAAUGCAAAUGACAGAAUCAGAGGCUUGCAACAAGAACUGCAAGAUAAGGACAUGGCUCUGAAACAAGGAAUGAUAGACAAGCAGAGAGUGAAACAAAAGUACAACAAUAAAAUACAAGCGGAGACAGAGAAAAUGAACAGAGAAUUAGAAAUGAGAAUGCGAUCAGAACAUGAGCAUCUUCAAAACCAAAUAAAGGAAACGGAAGAUAAGAUUCGAACAGCGAAGAAAAUAUUGACCGAAGAAAGCGGGUUUGGUUCAGUAUCAAGUGAACAAGGAGGAUCGGUUCCAGUUAUAUCUAAGGAAGCUGGAGAUUCUAAGACUGGGAAAGUUCAUGAGAGAAUAGAUCAUAGGUCAAGAAGGGAUAGAAUUCCGGUUGCAAAUUCAAGAUACCGGCGUUCUCAAAGCGCUGAUAGGUGGGUAGAUCAUCGACCAGGAGCUAUUGUUCCAGUGGAAACGAUUCUUCAACCUCUGAUGCGAAGGAGAAGGAGCGUCACGCGGUUGCAGAGUCCGAGGGAAAUCACUAAUGGUGCCUCCAGAUAUUGUCUCGUUGCUCAGCAACAGGAUUCAGAAGGGGCAUUAGAGACUAAAUUAUACAAGGGUGAUAUUGUGCCAACUAGUGGAGGUGGCGCUCAAGUUCUCUUCAACGACGUUGAACGUCUGAAGCAGAUGUCUCCAACAAAUAGCAGAAAACGAAGUGGAACUUGGUUUGCUCAAUCGAAUUCUGAGCAGUGCUACACUACGAUAUUUGAUUCUAAAAAACCACGAGUUUAAGUCUGAAAUAGUUCAAUUUUUAACAAGUGCAUAGGCUAUCGUUGCUUGUAUAUUUAUUAAUUUAA